AUGAAUGAAGAUCUGAAGGUUAAUUUGAGCUGGCUGCCUCAGGAUCAUGUAGAAGCCAGCUCUACAGAGAAUGCCUCAGCUGCAGGCUCCUCCCUGGUUCCUGCCGUAGACCCUGAGCCAGAGCUUUUGGUAAACCCCUGGGACAUUGUCUUGUGUACUUCAGGGACCCUUAUCUCCUGCGAAAAUGCCAUUGUGGUCCUGAUCAUUUUCCAUAAUCCCAGUCUUCGCGCCCCCAUGUUCCUCCUGAUAGGCAGCCUGGCGCUGGCAGAUCUCUUAGCAGGCAUUGGAUUGAUCAUCAAUUUUGUUUUUGCCUACCUUCUGCAGUCAGAAGCUACGAAACUGGUUACGAUUGGACUGAUUGUUGCCUCUUUCUCAGCAUCUGUUGGCAGCUUGCUGGCUAUCACUGUUGAUCGGUACCUCUCCCUGUAUUAUGCUCUGACUUACAAUUCAGAGAGGACUGUGACUUUUACCUAUGUCAUGCUUAUAUUGCUCUGGGGAGCAUCUAUCUGUAUUGGACUGCUGCCUGUAAUGGGCUGGAACUGCCUCAGAGAUGAAUCCACCUGCAGUGUUAUCAGACCACUCACUAAAAAUAAUGCAGCUGUCCUUUCGGUCUCUUUCUUGCUUAUGUUUGCCCUCAUGCUGCAGCUCUACAUUCAGAUCUGUAAAAUCGUGAUGCGCCAUGCCCAUCAGAUUGCCUUGCAACACCAUUUCCUGGCCACUUCCCACUAUGUGACCACCCGAAAAGGAGUGUCUACUUUGGCCAUUAUUUUGGGGACUUUUGCUGCUUGCUGGAUGCCUUUUACGCUCUAUUCUUUAAUAGCAGAUUACACCUAUCCUUCUAUAUACACCUAUGCCACCCUCCUGCCAGCUACCUACAAUUCCAUCAUCAAUCCUGUAAUAUAUGCUUUUAGAAACCAGGAGAUACAGAAAGCACUUUGGCUCGUCUGUUGUGGCUGUAUUCCUUCUAACCUGUCUCAGAGGGCAAGAUCACCCAGUGAUGUCUGA